AAACAAGCUAUGGACAUCUUCAUACCUUACCUCUUCUUCCUCCUCCUCCUUCCCUUCUCUCUAUACCUCAUCUUGUUCUUCCACAAGGAUGACUCCGACGAUGCCAGCAACCUCCCCCCGGGCUCCAAGGGCUGGCCGAUUCUGGGCGAAAACGUCGACCUCGGCCUGCUCGGCCUCUCCAAAUUCGUCCGAGACAGAAUGGAGAAAUACUCCCACGACGUGUUCCAGACGUCGUUGCUGGGAGAGAAAGUGAUGAUCUUCUGCGGCGCGCAGGGCAACAAGAUCAUCUUUACCAGCGACGUCGCCCCGUGGCUGCCCCUCUCCUUGCAGAAGGUGCUCCUCCCGGAUGCCCUCGCUAUGUUCCGCAACUUCCAAUACGACACGCUGAAGCCGGAGGCGCUGCGGCAGUACAUUCCGGUGAUGGACGAGAUGGCCCGCGGGCAGCUGGCCGGCGGCGGCUGGAGGCCAAACUCGGUCGUCAAGGCGCAACCCUUGAUCAACAAGUACACAUUCGAGCUGUCGUGCAGAUUGUUUCUCAACCUCGUGGAUCCGGAGCGUCUCAGGAAGCUGUCGGAUCCGUUUGCGAAGAUGAGGAACGGGCUGCUGUCCCUGCCGAUAGAUCUGCCCGGGACAGCCUUCCACCGCGCGAUCAAGGCGGGGAACAUGGUGCGUGGGGAGAUGCUAAGCAUCGUGGGGGCGAGGAGGAAGGAGAUGAAUAUGAUGGUGGAGGAGAUUAAAGGGGACGAGGGGCGGGACCUGCUGUCGAAGAUGCUGCUUCUCACCGAUGAAGAUGGCAAGCCUGUGAGUGAUAAGAAGAUUGCCAAUUGCUUUGUCAGCUUGCUCCUCGCUAGCUAUGACUCAACCGCCGCUGCGCUCACUUCCGUCGUCUAUUUUCUUGCUCAACUUCCACACGUUUACGAACUGGUUCUUAAAGAACAAAUGGCGAUCGCAAAAUCGAAAGCCCCCGGUGAGCUUCUGACGUGGCAGGAUGUGGAAAAUAUGAAUUACUCGUGGAACGUUGCACGCGAGACGCUGAGGCUGGUGCCCCCUUCGCCAGGAACAUUCAGGGAAGCCACCACUGAUAUCACCUUUGCUGGUUACACCAUUCCUACAGGAAUGAAGGCAUUGUGGACGCCGCAUUCGUCUCACUCCAACCCCGACUACUUCCCCGAGCCGGACAAGUUUGAUCCCUCGCGCUUCGACGGAACUGGCCCACCACCUUACACGUUCGUUCCGUUUGGAGGAGGACCAAGAAUGUGCCCCGGAAGAGUCUAUGCUAAGCUUGCAAUAUUGGUGUUGAUGCACAAUUUGGUGACCAGCUUCAGACUUGAAAGGGCCAUCCCACAUGAGAAGAUGGUGCUUCAGGUUGCGCCUUUGCCCACUCACGGCCUUCAACUCUAUCUUAAACCUCAUUAUCCAAAUUCAUCGCCUGCUUCUCAUUGAUGUCUUAAGUUAUUACUAAUUAGAUUCUAAGAAAAGUAACUACAGCAAAAAUGAUUUUCUGGACCCCAAUAUGUGCUCUAUUGGGGAACUUCUUAUUUUCGGGGCACUUAAUUAGUACAUGCAUGUGCCUAUAAGUAUUGUGUCCCAAUAGAGUUGGAGAUACUUUUUAUGUGUCUUGAUAUCAAUAGAUUACCCGACAAUUUAAUAUGUCCCAAGAUUGAUUUCUAGAGGCACAUAAAAAUGUCCUUUAAAAUGUUUCAAAAGAUAUUGAUAAGUUUAUAGAGAUA